AACACCAGACGGUCACAGUGUCGAUAUCAGGAAUGAUGAACAGCCGCGCGCUUUGCCUCUACGUCGCGCUCCUCUACCCGAUCCCCAAAACAUUGACGGAAUACUCAACCAAUACUGACUCGGAGUACGAGUUUGGGGAUUACCGGGGCAAGUGGUGCUUAGACGACCACGGAUUUGUGUAUAGCAUCGGGGAGGUGUACUAUCCCAGUCCAUCUGCUUGUCCGUGCACCUGCACUGAAGACGGACCCGUGUGCAUACGACCCAAGUGUCCUCGCAUUCAUCCUCGAUGUACACGGAUUAAAUACAAGUCCUGCUGUCCAGUGUGUGAGGCAGUUAGCAAAGUGUGUGUAUAUGGUGGCAAAAUGUACAGAAUAUUCGAAGAAUUCAGGUUGUCACGCUGUGAGAGAUGUCGUUGCGAGUCCAACAGGGAGGUGUCCUGUUCCAUCUCUGACUGUCCUGCACCGCACUGUGUCAACCCUACAUAUGAGCCCAACCACUGCUGUCCUGUCUGCUACACUGGGCCCAAUUGUUUUGUGGGCGACAGAGUGAUCUCGGCAGGGGAGCGAGUAGAGAUAGACAAGCAGACUGUGUGUUACUGCACCUACCGGGACAGCACCUGGCAGAUGCACCCCCAUGCCACCUGCGAGCAGCGCCCGCUGCCGGACCCCGAUCUCAACCCCAGCCCCUCUGAGCCCCCCGAGGAAGACGAGACCAAGCAGAUGGACAGGGACUUCCGCCCCAGGCUGGACUGGAUCCCGUGAGCAGGCAGGAGGGUGGGUGUGAGGGUAAUAGUGCGCCAAGGGGAAACGGGGAGAUGAUAGGGCAGGUUGUUUUCCAUGCCCUGCUGAGUGCAGUCUGCAUAGGGCUUAGGGCCAGGGAUGAUCUACUACACCACAUUAUACAACCACAAUAACAUUACUAGCUAGUAGUGUUUGUGCAACAUUAUAUAAAACUUUGCACUCAGGAACAAUAUAUGGUGCACAUUAAAGACAAUACACAACUAUAACAUAUAGUUCCGUGAAAUUAAUUUGUCUCCAUUUUCCUUCACUUGCAAUAGUCUGGUUUUGUCAUCAAAGGGCUGGUGUAAGUGGACACUUAGAGAUGGUUGCAACAUUCACCCUUUUAUGAAUCUCAGGUUUACACUAGUGCACAUUAACGUUGCUCUGUAUAUUUCUUUGACUACUGUUGUUUCUUUAAUAACAUUGACAUCCAUCUCAGAAUGGUUCUAACGCUGAAAUGGAAAUGUUCCUUUUUCUGUAUAAAUUGACUUGUAGUUCUAUGAAGUGUACCUGGACAUAUCAAAUAAACAUCAGGAACCAUGUGUAUCAAGCGUCUCAGAUUCAAGUGACAAUUUAGGAUCAGUUUUGCCUUUAAUAGAUUACAAUGAAUAAGAUUACAUGGAUAAUGGGCCCUGACCACAGAUCAGCCCUCCUACGGAGACGCUUGAUAUGGACCCAGUUGAAUGAAUGACAAUGUCCCAUCCUUAUACUUGUUUACAUGCAGGCAAGCUCCUACACCAGGGGUAUGUAACCCUGUUCUUGGAGUGCCACAAGUACAGCAGGGUUUUGUUCCAACUAGGCACCACAUGACCAAUUGAUCAGUUCAGUGAUUGCCUGAAUUCAACACACCUGGUCUGCCAGGUUAAUUAAAUCAGAAACAUGAAGUGGUUGCUGCACUACGGGACCAAGGUUGCCUACCCCAACCUACACUUUUCCCUGGACAAGGAUUCUAGCUGAUCUCAGGGCCCUUACAUGAAAAUGUCACUUGUCUUGCCUUUAGGUUAGCCACUUGGUAAUUUUGUAAAUAUAUAUUAUUUUCUGGUACUACAUGUACCCAUCUCGUUAUUAAAUACAUUGUUUUUGUGCGGGCCUUCAUAUCCCUCAAUGCAAACUUAAUUUAAGCUCUUCGACGAGCAACCUCCUGCAAUAUGGAUUUGUAUUUUCAGCCAUGAAGAUAAAUUCACCCCUGCUAUCCAUAACUUAGUCACCCAUUAACAAGUUAUCAAAUAUAUCCUGACUUGGAUGACAAUUUUAUGGGCUCCCGAAUUGCACAGCAGUCUAAGAGACUGCAUCUCAGCGCCACUACAGACCAUGGUUCAAUCACAGGCUGUAUCACAACC